GUAACCAACCAGGGCUUCAUUGCAGGUUUGUGCAUGGCUCCGGCCAAUGAUUGCUAACCGAUUUCUCGUUAGCUCGAAUGGAAAUGUCCGUCUCUGUCUGAAUUUAAUUUGUUGUCUGAGUGAAUCAGGGAUGCUCAUCAGGAAGUAUCUUUCAGGCUAAAAUGUAAUAUUAACAGUUCAACAUUUCGGCCCAGCUACAUCUUGCUCUGUUGUGCAUGACAAAGAACAGGCCGAAGCCGACUCGAGUUACCAUGGAUUUAAAAUGAGAAUCUAUGCAGGUGGCAGUAUGUAUUUGACUAGGUUAACCACUAAAGAUGGAUGGAGACAGCUCAACCACGGAUGCCUCUCAGCUGGGUAUCACUGGAGAAUACAUGGCUUCGAGUCAUUAUGUUCUCCAACCGCAAGAUGAUGAUGGAGAAGAUAAUAUGAAUGAUCAUGAAGACGGCGGUGCCAAGGAAAAUUACAGGGAACAGGAUAUCUAUCUUCCCAUUGCCAAUGUAGCUCGCAUCAUGAAGAAUGCUGUACCUCAAACUGGAAAGAUUGCCAAAGAUGCCAAAGAGUGUGUGCAAGAGUGUGUAAGCGAGUUUAUAAGUUUCAUCACAUCUGAAGCAAGCGAACGCUGCCAUCAGGAGAAGAGGAAGACCAUCAAUGGGGAGGAUAUCCUGUUCGCCAUGUCCACACUUGGCUUCGACAUGUAUGUGGAUCCACUAAAGCUGUACUUGCAGAAGUUCAGAGAGGCAAUGAAAGGAGAGAAGGGUAUGCCCGGAGUAGGAGUGGGAGAAAGCCUGAGUGAGGAUCUCACAGAGGAUAGCUUCACAAAUCCACUUCCAGCUGGGAUUAUCACAGCAGAUGGUCAGCAGCAAAAUGUCAUGGUGUACACCACCUCAUAUCAACAGAUUCCAACUGUACAGCAGAUCCAAUUUUCAUGACAAGGCCUUACUACAAGUCCAAACACAUUGGCUCAAUUGGCAGCACAUGCUCGCUAGAUGAUGUCUGACUUGCACAGGGUAAAUGUUAUCAGAUGCAGAUGAAAAGGGAGAAGCAUCAGGAGAAGCCCUCGUGUACAGAUAAACUCAACCUGUUUAGUUGAAAGUGUAGUUGUGAAGUACCAAAUGAUAUGGAGAACUUCAGAAUUAGCUGGGAUUAUAAGGCUUUAUUUUCAAGGCAACUCUUCUUUCAUGCCUUAGUGGUGAAAUUCUGUUUGUGCGUGAGUUAAUGUGUUUAAUGCUUUUUUUCCUUUUGGGACAGGGUUAGGUUUAGAGGGGAUUGACAUUAGAAAUUGCUUUCAAAAGUUUUGAAUAUCUCUGUAUUAGAUCAAGCGGAGCCUUGUUGUUACUGUCACAUUAGAUCAUGCAACCCUUUUGUAAGUUCACACAGUUUACAUGCGCUUUAAUGUUAUGGAAAUCCUUUGAAUAAAAAUUCAAAAGAGA